ACGAAAACCAUAUAUAGCUUGUAUUAGGUUCUCUUGAUCCCAUCUCAUUAAACCUCUCUCUCUCUCUCUCUCUCUCUCUCUCUCUCUAAUUGGCUUGUAGCUAGUAUUAAUGGAUAAAUUGAAUGAGGAGGAGAUCUCUGAGUUCCAAGAUGCUUUCUCUCUCUUUGACAAAGAUGGAGAUGGGUGCAUCACUUCAGAAGAACUUGAAACAGUGAUCAAAUCUCUGGGCCAGAACCCAAGCAAAGAAGAGUUGCAUGAGAUGAUUCGCGACAUCGACUGCGACGGCAACGGCACGAUCGAGUUCGGCGAGUUCUUGAACCUAAUGGCUAGAAAAAUGAAGGAGAAUGAUUCAGAGGAGGAACUGAGAGAAGCUUUUAAGGUCUUUGACAAAGAUCAGAAUGGUUAUAUCUCAGCUAGUGAGCUACGACAUGUGAUGAUAAAUCUCGGGGAGAAAUUGACGGAUGAGGAGGUGGAGCAAAUGAUCAAAGAAGCCGAUUUGGACGGUGAUGGGCAAGUGAACUUCGAGGAAUUCGUGCGCAUGAUGAUGCUCUCUAAUCAAUAAUUAAUUAGUUUUUAAUUUUAUUUCGAGUGUACCAAAGCUACUUGAUGGAGAUAUAUAUUUCUUGUAUCCAAA